ACGGUGUCGAAUUCAAAGGCCCCCGCGAACUUCGUAGCAUUGAUAGAAGGGUUCCAGCAGUUUGAUGGUGACUUGAACAAGCUGCAGGUGUGUAUAUAGUGUCUCCUGAUAACUGGAGGAUGGAGUGCUGGAUUGCUGAUCUGUUGUGAUAGCAAUUUGUGGAGGUUAACGAGACGGCCGUAUCCAAGAUACUGAAAAAGGUGAGGUACACUCCAAACUACUGUUCCUACUGUAGACCAAUACUAACAGAAUAUAUAGUGGGAUAAAACAUCAAAGGUGUGUGGGUGUCUCUGUGCUCUGGUACAUAUCCUGCGUGGUCACGUAUUUACAGAAUGGUAUAGUCACGGACAAAAGAGCUAUAUCUACAGCGAGCGGUUGAAGUCCAGCCGUGCUUCAACCGAGAAGUCCUCAGAGACCUCUCUGACCGCGCUACCACAGCCAGGCUAGAGCUUGAGGCAUGGGCGGAAGGCGAAAAUAUCCAGUUCAACGCUCCCAGACAGGCGGACAGACCAGCCAGCAUAGCAGAGGAGGACGACAGUGACCUCCAUAUCCUUAACUCUGCUGCUGCUACGGGGAAUCUUCAGCCUCUACGCGAUUGGCUCAGCAAGAUUCAGCUCUCUCCAGAUGCAGCUGACCAUCUCACCCGCAUCUUUCUGACUGCGAUUAAUGAGUAUCCAGAUGAAGUGCUCACCCUUUUGCUAGAAACUAACCUUGUUGACGUCCACGCCGAGGACGACAUUAAUGAACGAAACUGUCUGCAUGAAGCCGUUAUCUCAGGGCGCCAGUUCGUCUUUGACGCUGCUCUCGAGCGUGGUGUCGAUAUCUCACAGGCGGACGUCUACGGCAGAAUUCCACUGCAUUACGCCUGCAUGCACGGCCGAGUUGGCAUGGUGCAUUCUCUGCUUGAGAAGGGCCUAUCUACCAUCGACUACACGGACCAUGAUAAUUUCACCCCUCUCAUCCACAGCAUCAUCAAGGACCAGGUCUCCUGCGUUGAGCAGCUGCUCUCACACAAUGCCCGAAUCAACCCAACCUCAGAGUCGGAUCAUAUACCACUUAACCUAGCCUGUCAGCAUGCCUCCCUUGCACUAAUAAAGAUUCUGCUUGAGCGAGACGCAAAGUUCUUGCCAGAUGCCGAGGGCCUAUACCCACAGCAUCUUGUAGCUCGCUCAUGUCGUUCCUCCGCAGUUCUCCUACUCCUUAAGGACCACGGUGCAGACCUCGACCAGCGUGAUAAGCUAUACCAAUGGACCCCCCUAUUUCACGCGGCUGCAGAGGGCUGCGUUGGAUGUCUGCGUACUCUACUUGACUGCGGUGUUGAUGCAGAUGCCCUGGAUGAAAAGGGCCUGCCGGCCAUGUACUACGCUGUCUGGGAGGGUCAUCUUGAAUGUAUGAAGCUGCUCUGGUCUCAGCGUAUAUCCCGUCCCAUCGCAGGGCAGACCCCCCUCGAUGUCCUCAAUAAUGGCCCCAAGUACCGUGAUGCUAUGACUGCCACCCUCACACCCUUGAGUGACGAGAGAAAACAAAUUCCUGCCCUUGAGGUCGACGGUAUUCCGGACCUAUCCCUCCCACCUCCCAUCAUCCCGCUUCGUCACUAUGGCCACAACUUCUUGGACAACAAAACAUUCGUGCAGAUCCAUUUCAACCCGCCAUCUGCGGACCCCAUUGUCUUCUAUCAGACUGGCCGCUAUGCUGCUGCACGACUAACAAUAUCGUCCAAGAUGACAGACCUGAUCCCUCGUAAUGUCAUGCUGCCUUUACAAGAAGACUCGCGCUUUAUAUCAUUUCACAUUGAUAAGCUGGAAAACUUUGCAAUCGACUUUGAGAUAUUCCCAACUUUUGGUUCCAAGGUUAUUGCCAAAACAGUUGCUUUGCCUGACGUCUUCGAAAACGACGGCAGAAGUUCUGGCCACUGCUGUCUUCCCGUAUUUGACCCCCGGCUUAGAGCCAUUGGUGAAAUCCGCUUCAACUUCCAGGUCAUCAAACCAUACUACGGAGAUCCAUUGGAAAUUACUCAUUUUGCUACCUACUGGAAAGCCACCAGUGCUUUCGAUGCAGAGCACAAUGGCCAAGUCACCGGCUCCAGCUUGUCUGGAGACUAUGUACAGAUAUUUGUCCAGAUGACGAGAGACCUGGUACCCGUGCUAUACCCCGAAUUCACAAUCAUGCACCAUGGUGUUCGCAUACCCAUCUCACAUCUCUCUAUCGAAGAAUUUAAGGCCAUUGGUCGUGAACAUCCCCCUCCAUCAAACAUUAUAAUUGCUUCUUCUGAGUCAAACUCUACCGGCAACAGCUCGACUAGCUCACUACUACCAUCCCUCGCCGCAAUGUCAAUCACUGACAUCCCCACCGCCCACCGUCUCCUAGCUACGUCCUUUUUGACUCUUGAAGAAGUCCUCCUCCACUUACCGACCUCCAUCCAUGUAAACCUAUGCAUCCUCUACCCUUCCCCAGCAGAGCAAAAGGAGCUUGAUCUCCGCCUCACCUUCAACAUCAACAACUUUGCAGACGCCAUUCUCACACAUGUGUUUAAUCAUGCCCGUGCAUCCAGGCUGGCGAAUCCAGAUUUCAUGAGAUCUGUUGUCUUUACCAGUUACAACGUCGGGAUAUGUGUUGCUUUGAACUGGAAGCAACCCAACUACCCCGUCCUGCUCUGCAACGACCUCGGUCAACCCCGGGACUCAAAUACCAGCUCAAUUCAAUCUCCGGCUUCGCCUCCAUCAUUUUCAUCUCCAGCAAUCCAAUACAGUGGCCGUGCCUCCCUCUCUAUCAAGGAAUCCGCCCGUAUCGCCCAAAGCAACAAUCUAAUGGGCCUUAUGUGCCGAUCAAGUCUACUCGUAAGUCUAUUGUCCCACCUAUUAUUCACCUCAUACAUUCAUACGCUUGGCCUAACAUACCAUGCCAAUAGAAUGUAAUGCCCUCUCUGGCCGAGUCAAUAAAAGAGCUUGGCCUCGUGUUGGUUGCAGACACAUCUGACGAAAGCGCCGAAAGACGCCGACAACAAAACGCUGGUUCAGUAAACGCAAACUCGACUUCGCACGCUGGCUUCGGGGGAACAAAUGAUGCCCUCUUCCGCAUGCCCGGUAAUGUUAACGGGGUUAUGCGUGAAACUGGCGUGCUACGAUUUAACGACUCGAUUGAUAUGUGACGCUCCUCUACCCCUGCCCAUCACUUACAAACAUACCUCCUUUACAUACGAUGAACUUCUUUUUUCUCUAUUUAUAGAUAUCUAUCCGUUUGGGGAGGCGGGUUGGAUAUCUGAUGCUACUCUUUUUUUUGCUAACGUUAACAUGCCCUCUGUUUCAUGCUCUUAAUUACGUGCCCACAAUUUUACUCUGCUAUUUUAUCAUUCCCAUCCCUACCCAACUCAACUACUACCCUUUCCAUGCUGGUUUUUUGACGCGUUAUGCUUUUUUAUUUGCUGUUUUUCACUCCUAACGUAGGCAUUCCUACCCUGAUUGAUGUUACCUUACCUUCUUCUGUCUCCUGAUGAUGGAUGGAAAGGAGGCCUAAGUUGAAGUUGGGAUUGAAUGUGAAGUUGGGAGAGUUUAUGUUGAUUAGAUCUCUCGAUAUAUGGCGGGCG